AUGGACCGUCGCGGCCAGCGUCCCCCGCGCUCAGCGAGACCACCUCAGCAGUCUCCCCCUGCCGACUACGAGCAGCAUGGCCAGUACCGACCCCCAUUGGCUCAGACUGGAUCUUCCGCAGGCAUCUCUUUUCGCGAGAAUGAGACUGGCGAUCGUCAUGAUACCUUAGAUCCCGACCGUCAGCGGGCAUACACUGCAUACAAUAACCAGCUUUUGUCGCCGGGCUCAGAAAUGGAUCCCGCGUAUGCUGAGGCUGGCGGCGUCGGCGCGAACGUAGGGAGGAAGAAGAGUCUUGUCCGGCCAGACCGCGAGAAGAUCGAGCCUGGUCACAGGCUAUGGCACUACCGCAACCAUGCCGCCCAGAUGGAGGACGAGGGUGGCGGAAAUGCUCAACCGUCUACCACUGGUAACGCUCCCCAGAGGGAGCAGCUCCGGCGUGGCAAGUCUAUUCUCGGCCGAGAGGAAGAUGUCCACGAGUCUGGCCUAGCUUUGUUCAAACGGGGCACGACCCUGCGUCGGAAGAAGGUACCCACAGCGCCGGUCUCCGAGAAGAAGCGCAGUUGUAUGGACAAGUUAGGACCAGGUCCCAAAGGUCCCUGGUUCAUGUACUGUUACAUUAUCACUUGUCUCGUUCCACCUCCAUUGCUCCGGGCAUGUGGCAUUCGCACACCGGAGCAGAUUCGGGCAUGGCGGGAAAAGAUGGGCCUGAUGACCAUCAUCGCCUGUCUCAUGGCUGUCGUUGGUUUCAUUACAUUUGGUUUUACGCGAACGGUGUGCGGUACGCCGCCGAACCGGUACCACAUAGGCUCAGUGGAGAACUCCUCAGUCAUCAUCCACGGAUACGAUUACGACUUUUCCGACUUCCACCAUCCCGCAGUGGGCAACUUCGAUGGCAAUACAAAUCCGCUUCUCGUGGGCAAUUGGCAUGCCGCAGGCGCUGACAUCUCGUUCAUGUUUCAGCAAACCGGUGGCUCGUGUUCCGGGUACUUUACCAAGGCGGGCGACUCCACGAUCAACGGUAGCACCAAAGAUCCAGAGUGGUACUUUCCGUGUAAUGUCUUUCCUCAGGGUUCUACUGCCAACCCUAACGAGACAAACUACGGUUCCUCGACGACAUGCCAUACAUCCUCGAGCGCGAGGCAGCAGCUUGCUUCUAUGUCUCCCAAGGGCCAGGUUUACUACACGUGGGAUGACCUCGCUGCUUCAGAUCGAAAUCUUGCUGUAUAUGAUUCAAUUGUACUCGAUUUUGACCUGCUCAAGUGGCUCAACACUAGCUACGUGCAGUACCCGUCGCUACUGGAUGAACUCAAGCAGGCAAAUGGGACGUUCAAUGGCAAGGAUCUGACAAUGUGGUUCCAACGCGCGAACCAACACGACCUUGCUCUAUGCUUGCAACAAGUCAUCAAGGUCGGCUAUAUUGAUACGGACACCAUUGGUUGUGUCGCUUCAGAGAUCGUGCUUUACGUAUCGCUUGUGUUCAUUAUCGGAGUGGUCGGCAUUCGGUUCGCCAUCGCUAUAUUCUUCUUCUGGUUCAUCUCUUCAAAAGUCGGAAACUACGGCAACGAGACCUAUCAGCAACGCCGUCAGCGCAUGAUGGAGAUCGAGGACUGGACGAACGACAUUUACAAGCCUGCCCCGAGCGGUUAUCGACCCAACGUGUACAAGAACGGUGUCGCGAAGAACGCGAAGAGGAAAACUUUUCUGCCGAGUACUUCGCGGUUUACGCCGGCGGAGACCAUGAUCAAGGGCGGCAUGGGGGGUCGUACAUCGACUGCAUACGGCAUGCUCGAGCCCAUCCCGUACAAGAGGGCCGGGACGACGACGAGCAUGUACGGCUCAAAUAGCGGCAAGAGCCUCUCCAAGCUCGUCCCUCCCGACACGCCCGGUUACCGCAACUCCAAGAGUUCGAUCUCGCUCGCAACCGAUGGGACGCGCAACCUGUUCACAGAUAGUCCUUGUCCAUUCCCACUACACAACGUCGUCCCGCAACCUCCGCCUGAUUACGAGCCGUUCAACUUCCCGCUGGCACACACCAUCUGUCUUGUCACCGCCUACUCCGAGUCCGUGGAAGGUCUUCGCACGACGUUGGAUUCGCUCGUGACUACCGACUACCCGAACAGCCACAAGGUGAUCCUGAUUGUCGCCGACGGUAUGGUAAAGGGUGCAGGGAACUCUAUGACGACACCGGAGAUCUGCAUUACCAUGAUGAAGGAAUUUAUCACCCCACCAGAGGAGGUUGAAGCGCACUCGUACGUCGCCAUUGCCGAUGGCCACAAGCGGCAUAAUAUGGCAAAGGUCUACGCCGGCUACUACGACUACGACAAUGCCACAAUCGAGAUCACUAAGCAACAGCGCGUCCCGGUCAUCCUUGUCGCGAAGGUCGGCAACCCGCUCGAGGCCGGUGAAGCGAAGCCGGGCAACCGAGGAAAGCGCGACUCGCAGAUCGUACUCAUGUCGUUCAUGCAGAAGGUCAUGUUCGACGAGCGUAUGACAACAUUCGAAUACGAAUUCUUUAACUCGAUCUGGCGCGUCACGGGUAUCAGCCCUGACCGGUACGAGAUGGUGCUAUGUGUGGAUGCCGACACCAAGGUAUUCCCGGAUUCCCUCAGUAGGCUGGUCGCAUGUAUGGUACAGGACUAUGAGGUCAUGGGUAUUUGCGGGGAGACGAAGAUCGCCAAUAAAUCCGAGACCUGGGUUACCAUGAUUCAAGUCUUCGAGUACUUCAUCUCGCAUCACAUGACAAAGGCCUUCGAGUCGACGUUUGGCAGCGUCACUUGUUUGCCCGGCUGUUUCAGCAUGUACCGUAUCAAGUCUCCCAAGGGCGAAUCUGGCUACUGGGUCCCUAUCCUGGCUAACCCUGACAUCGUCGAACACUACUCCGAGAACAUUGUUGACACCUUGCAUAAGAAGAACCUGCUGCUGCUCGGAGAAGAUCGAUACCUCACGACCUUGCUUCUGAAGACGUUCCCGAAGCGGAAGAACAUCUUCUGCGCAUCCGCGGUUUGCAAGACGAUCGUGCCUGACACCUUCGGGGUUCUUCUGUCACAACGUCGUCGGUGGAUUAACUCAACCGUGCACAACCUGGCCGAGCUUGUACAAGUCAGGGACAUGUGCGGCACUUUCUGUUUCUCCAUGCAGUUUGUCGUGGGUAUGGAGCUUGUGGGCACACUUGUGUUGCCUGCUGCCAUCUCGUUCACACUAUACCUCAUCAUCGAGUCUAUUGUCCCGCAUCAUCCUAACACGACCAUCCCGCUCGUGCUGCUCGCCAUGAUCCUUGGUCUUCCGGGCGUCCUCAUCGUCGUCACAUCUUUCAAGGUCGCAUACGUCGGAUGGAUGGUCAUCUACCUUCUCUCCCUCCCCAUUUGGAACGGUGUUCUACCAGCUUAUUCAUUCUGGCACUUUGACGACUUCUCAUGGGGUCAAACGCGAAUGGUGGCGGGCGAAAAAGCUGGUGACGCCGGCCACGGCGACAAGGAGGGAGAGUUCGACUCAACACACAUCGUCAUGAAACGCUGGGCAGAGUUCGAGCGCGAAAGGCGCUGGAAGAGUGGCAGCCAGUCAAGAGACUCUACGGUCUUCGAUUAUCGCUCGAACUCGCCGAAGAGACGUCCGUCACUGUCGUCGACAGCCGAGUACCCGAACGUGCUGCCGCAAUUCGAUUCUGAUACAUACGAGUCAUCGAGCUUUGCCCCGCCCCGCCCACGGAAAGAUAGUAGCCAGCUACUCAUGCUUCCUGCGCCGCUGUCUGUCAACCGUACGCCCGCGUCAGUAGCCACCGCAUCAGUGACCACGUCUGGUGUCUCCCGCUCCAGUGAUGAGGGGUCCGAUCUCGGCUCAUCGCGCGGGCUUCAACAUGCCCAUCAGUCAUACUCCUCGCAGCAAUAUGCACAACCGCAGUACCCCCAAACACAACCAUUUGAGGCUCGUGUCGCUCGAACCGCGACGGCGAACAGUGGCGCGAUACGCCAUGCGACGAGUCCUACUCAGUAUCCGGGCGAGACCUACAAUCCCUACGGUAACCAGGGUGGCUACAUUGACGAGCCGUAUUCUCCCUUCGCCACAAACGAGCCCGAUGAGAUAUCGCCCGUAUCUCCCCCACCACCUCCAAAGCCUGCGCCGACGAGGUCUCGAGGAGUUAGCUUGGCUGACAACGGCCCCACACCUGGACCAGGAGGAGUGCGGAGAGUGUCAAGACAGACGGGCCGUCGUGCAUCGGCCCAAGCGCCUCAAGCGCCUGCGCAGAACCGUUACUCACGGUCAUCGACGUCGCCUUAUGGCAACCUUCCGCCGGGUGCUGCACCGCCACAACAAGGCUACGGCUAUUGAUUGCGUGCGUACAUCUCGUGUACUAUAUGGCCAGCAUGACUAGUCCACGGACCGCCUGUCCUUCCUGGAUUCAACGCCCUCUUUUCGCAGUGAACUGACUUGAACUUUUUAUAUUUGUCUUUAUCGAUGACCUUCCCUUCGUGAUCGGUGCACAUGGACCACUUGAUCGUUCGCUCGACGUUCUGCAAUCUUAUGAUCUCUGUACACGACUUACGAGCAGUAUGGGCUCACCAGCUACCUCCGGACAUCCUGCAUAGCAACUACAUACUAUAGUCGCUUACCUUUAUAAUCACAUUCCACGGACCUGAUGUUCAAUGUUGCUUAGCCAUGAGAUUCCAAGCUAGGACUGGCAUGUACUCUUAUGGGCAGAAUGACAGGAUAAAUUGCGGAAGCCAUUAUGAUCUUCUUGGACAA